CCCCUUCCUCCGCUCCCUAGCAGCUUUAUGAUUAACCUCCACACGGGGUCGUUUAGGUUAUUUUUUUCAUUUAUUCAACAAACACAUUGGUCAGAAUGUCUCCGCUGCUGCUCAGGGCCUUCGUGAACGAGCGGCUGACGGCGGUGCUCGGAGAAAUCCUGGAGGUUUUCGAAGGAGCGAUCGCCAAAUACGAAGAAGAGGCGUCCAACUCCAAGCAGGAGAUCGAUCGGCUACAAGCUCUGCUGCUGGAGCUGCAGAGUCAGAGGACAGACGUUCCUCAGACCAAAGACCAAAGUCCUUGCGAGACCGGACUCCGCGAGGGAACCCAGUGGAUUCCGGAGCUUCACCACAUUAAAGAGGAAGACCACGACCAGCUCUGGGCUGCUGAUCAGGAGGAGCCACACCAGCCAGGCGUUGAUGAAGACACCUUAAGUCUUCCACAGGCUUCUGUUGAGCAGGAAGAUGCAAAACCACCCAGGCAUCGUUGGACUCAAAACUCCGAACCCGACGAGUUUCAGGAGCCCCAGGAAGUGAUGCUGGCAGAUGUCAAACAUCCUCCACAAGAUGACGCUGCGACUGCUUGUCCACCUGGACUAAUGGAACAGGGCCAGUCUAGCUUCGUCCUGCCUAGAGACUCAGAUUCACCCCACCUGAACUCACCCCGAGCCGACUACCGGUGCUCUUUGUGCAGCGACUCCUUCCCCUCCAGCCACCUCCUGAUGAACCACGCCUUCCAAGCCCACUCCAGGGACGUCGGCGUCCUGUGCGCCGUGUGCGGCAGGACCUUCGAGUCCGCCGAGAGCCUCGACGUGCACCGCAGGUCCCACGAGAGCUCCAAGUGCUGCCCCCUGUGCGGCAAGCUGUUCAGGAGCACGACCUCGCUGAAGGAGCACAUGGCGGGCCACGCAGGGCUCAAGCUGCACCGCUGCCACGUUUGCGGCAAAGAGUGCCGACGCAAGGGGGACUUGAAGAUCCACAUGAGGAUCCACACGGGCGAGAAGCCCUUCCGCUGCUCGCUGUGCUGCAAGAGCUUCACCCACAGCGGCCACCUGAAGAAGCACAUGAGGAGCCACACGGGAGAGAGACCGUACAGGUGUGACGUCUGUGGGAGGGGCUUCCUGCAGAGCGGCCAUCUCAAAUCCCACCUCGGCACCCACGCUCAGAAAAAGUGACAGGCCCGUGUUUUAUGAAGAGAAUGACUUUAUAGAAGGAGCAACUUGGUGAAAAUGUAAGGUUUUUUUUUUGUUUUUACAGUUAUAAAGAUAUUUAUAUUUGCUAAAAUUAUAAACUUUUAGCUCUCUCUCUCAAACAUAGAGAGAGAGAGAGUUAACGAUGUAUUUAAUUUAUCUUAAUUAUUUCGGUUCAGAUACAAAAUUCUGAAAUUCCUUUUAAGUCAUCAGAAUAACUAGUUGCAUUUAAUAAUAAUAAGCCUGGAUGACAUGAAAAGUCCUUAGCAAGACAAAGAUACCUUAUUUUUUAUUCUUAUUUAACGAGUUUGUUUAUUUGAGGGUCCCAGUUAGUAUCAUAGUGAAGUCCAUUCUUCCACAAACAUGACAAUAAAAUCAUACUUUUUUUUUUUAGAUACAAACAAAAUCAAAACACAAAAUUCAAAUCAACCGCCUCAACAAUUGUAACAUUUUUACAAACAUUACAAAAGGACAUCUUGGAAAAUCUUAAAACACACAAACACAUACAAAAAUACAAAAUCUCAGUGAUUUGAAAGAUAUUUUAUAAACAAACAAUAAUCUUCCCUUUGAGUGCAACAAUGAUACUGUAGUUUGUUAUAUUAAAGAAAUGGCACUAAGUAUGCACACAUCCCUGCUGGUGGGAGAAAACAAGGGCGAGGAUUUGGAGCAUCAGAGCGAUCUCUAAUCUCUUAUUCACACGCAUAAUCGCAGAAGCUCUGGUAGGUUUGAAUACAUUUUUUCCCCUAACAAAUCAAAUAAUUUGAAAACUAUUUUCUUCUUGAUAAGGUUAUCUUUGCUUUUUGUUAAACUAUUUGAUGAUCUGAAACAUGAAAAAGUGAUUUUUUUUUUUAAAAAGAGAGGGGAAAAAAAGGAAGAAAUCUUUAAAUACAAAUAAUUUUUCGCGGCACCGCGGUGAUUGGCAAACUUUUCCCACAGUAAAAUUUUUGUUGUGCAUUCGCUCUAAAGUUAAGGUUUGUUGUGUUUAGCAACUUUAACAUUCAGCAGUUUUCCUGUGUUGUCUUUUUACUUCUGUUAAGUUCUGUUUUAUUGGUACAAUUUUGAGGAAUACCAAAAAUAAACAGUUUUUAAUUGUCCCUGAA